AUGUUUUUCGUUCUUAACCUCACCCACCAGGUCACUUUGCAUCCGUCAUAUUUCGGUCGGAAUAUGCAUGAGCUGGUCACGCACAAGUUACUGAAGGAUGUCGAGGGUACUUGCACCGGGAGAUAUUAUAUCAUUACCAUAAUGGACACGGUCAAUAUCUCAGAAGGUCGUAUUCUACCCGGAAGUGGGUUGGCUGAAUUCAACGUUAACUACCGCGCGGUGGUAUGGAGGCCGUUCAAGGGCGAGACCGUUGAUGCUAUCGUGACUUCUGUUAACGGCGUUGGCUUUUUCUGUGAAGCUGGGCCGCUAUCAAUUUUCGUGUCUGGUCAUAUGAUUCCUUCGGACAUUACAUUUGACCCAAAUGCUACCCCUCCACAGUGGACUGAUAAUGAAGAUUCUGUCAUUCAGGUCGGUACACAUGUGCGCGUCAAAAUCUUUGGUACAAGGGAAGAGGUGGGGAGUAUCUACGCUAUUGCCAGUAUCAAGGAGGAUUACCUUGGCGCCAAUGGCUGUAUUCUAAUGAUGCUACAAAAAGAACUGGCCCGUAUGAUACCAAAAGCACAGGCUUGCGACUUUUAA